UGAAAUGGUUAAAUAAUACUGUUUUUUGAGCUUAGGGAGGGUCUUAUGAUGUUUAGCUAAAAGCUUAUAGACACAAACGCAGUAAAACGCGGCUGCAAUUGCAGCAAAACGGACGUUUCUAAACGCCGGUUUCAGCCUUUAAAAAUGUGUGUUCAGCAGAGUUUGCAUUCGCGUCUCGUGUGCAUGGGGCCUUACUCUGAAAAAUGUUUCUUUUACACAAAACAUCUAAAACAUGUAACCAGUUAAUAGAACGGCAUUUACUUUCUCAUUGUUCUGUUUUGUGUGAAGUUCUCUCUUUCAAAAGAUGCAAACAAGUCCAACAGUCACUACAGCACGUGACCAGAACACUCCAGUGUAUGAAAAUACUACUUCAACUUAAAGACAUUAAUUUAUUCACAUACUUGAUGCAGAUAUCGGUUGCAGAACAAGAUCAGCCCCUCCCUGUGCAGAGAAAUGUGAGUUGCGUCCUCUGGUUUCUGAGAGUCGGAGAUUUUAGUUCCAUUUCUCUCUUCUGCUGUCAGAAAUGGCGUCUGCUGAUCUGAGACAAGAGCUGAACUGUUCCAUCUGCCUGGAAAUGUAUAAUGAUCCUGUGAUGCUGAGCUGUGGACACAACUUCUGCCGGAUCUGUAUUGAUCGUGUGUUGGAUACACAGAAGGGGUCUGGAGGUUAUUCCUGUCCUCAGUGCAGGAAAAGAUCUAGGAGUCGUCCCACACUGCAGAGGAACAUAACACUACGUAACAUAGUGGAGACUUUCCGAUCUACUCAGCCAGAUCAGACGGAGACUGGAAUCUUCUGUACACAUUGUAUUCACUAUCCUGUACCUGCUGUUAAAUCCUGUCUGCAUUGUGAAGCUUCUCUGUGUGAUAAUCACCUGAGAGUCCACAGCAAGUCACCAGAACAUGUACUAACUGAUCCCACCACUUCCAUGGAGAACAGAAAAUGCUCCAUCCAUAGAGAACUUCUUAAAUAUUACUGCACUGAGGACUCUUCCUGUAUCUGUGUGACCUGCAGGCUGGAUGGAGAACACCGGGGACACAAGAUGGAGACUCUGGAUGAGGCCUCUGAGAAUAAAAAACAGAAACUGAGAAAUGUUCUGCAGAAACUACUUGCUAAUAGAAUGGAGAUUGAGCAAAGAGUCCAGAGUCUGCAGGAACUUAAGGGAAAGGUACAAGAAAAAUCAGCUGGUCUAACAGAGAGAGUCACUGCCCUGUUCAUAGAGCUCAGGAGACAUCUGGAGGACCUGGAGAAGAGAGUCCGGAGGAAAAUCUCCAGCCAGGAAGAGCGGAUUUCAUGUCCAUUGUCUGAUCUGAUUAAUAAGCUGGAAAUAAAGAAGGAGGAUCUGUCCAGGAAGAUGGAGGACAUUGAUACUGAGGAGGGAGAUAAUGAGGACAGAGAGAGACAUGAUAGACUCCUCCAUGAUGGAGGGGAUCUGGAUGUGGCUAAGAUCUCACACACGUUACACAAAGGGUUAUCUUAUAUGAGAAAAGAGGUACAUGUAUUCUUCAAUAUACAGGAAGCUUCAGACAUAUUACUGGAUGUGAACACGGCUCAUAAUAAUCUACAGAUAUCAGAUGACAUGAAAACUGUAUCCAGGUCAGAUAUAGAGCAGAAUCGUCCAGAAACACCGGAGAGAUUUCGGUGGUGGUCCCAGGUAUUAAGCAGUCAGAGAUUUUCCUCGGGGCGACAUUACUGGGAAGUAGAUGUCAGAGAGUCAGAACUUUGCAUAUUCGGGAUGUGUUAUCCCAGUAUAGAGCGGGAAGGAGUUCAGUCACUGAUUGGAAAUAAUAAGAAGUCCUGGGGUUUGCACAGGUAUAUAGGUGGGUGUUAUCUAAUGCAUGACAAUAAACAGAUCAGAAUAUCUCCCGAUCUCUCCAGUAACAGAGUCAGGAUCUCUCUGGAUUAUGAGGCUGGGCAGCUUUCCUUUUAUGAUCUGUGUGACCCGAUCAGACACCUCCACACCUUCACCACCACCUUCACUGAGCCCCUCCAUGCUGGGUUAUACGUAAGCAAAGGUCAUAUAAAGAUCUCUGGGAGGGUCAGGAGAUUUUUACUUUGAUCAUAUUACAGAAAAUCUGAACUGGUGGAUCUGGAAGAUCUUGGCACAGGAGAGUCUCCUCCAUCACUUCCACAACUGAUAAGAUGGGGGAGGGGAUUGGGGGUUUAUUUAUACAAUCCUGUGUGUACAAUCUCCUUUAGAUCUACCAUCAGCUGUGUAGUAUUUGUACCUGCCUGAUUUGAACUAAAUCUAAUUUUAACUUGACACUACAUAUUUUUGGUAAAGCUAAAGGAGAUUUGGUAGUGUGUGGUCGGCUUUAGAUUUACCAAAAAUAAAGGACACACAUUAUCUGUUCAUAUUGUAUCCAGGAAAGUACUGGCACUACAUAGUUGAUGGUAGAUCUAAAACAGAUUGUACAAUCCGAUUGUACGGUCAACUUUAAAGGUUAUGUUGGGUUGGGGGUUAAAGCGGAGCUCCGCCGUACAAAAAAUAUUAAAAGCCAGCAGCUACAAAUACUGCA